GACUACAGCUAAACCUACACGACCAUAGCUUCACAAACAACAAUACCACCUACAACAAUGCGGGCGGAAUCUACAACUGUUGCUCCCACAACAAAAACUGUUCCACCAACAACAGCAGUUCACACCACAUUAGGUACUCCAGCUACAACAGGAGGUCAAACCACAACACCUCUUCCCACACCGACAGCUGUAGCUCCAACGACUACAGCUAAACCUACCACCACCAUCGCUGCUCAGACAACAAUACCACCUUCAACGAUUGCAGCUCAAACUACAACUAUUGCGCCAACAACAAAAACUGUUCCACCAACAACAGCAGUUCACACCACAUUAGGUACUCCAGCUACAACAGGAGGUCAAACCACAACACCUCUUCCCACACCGACAGCUGUAGCUCCAACGACUACAGCUAAACCUACCACCACCAUCGCUGCUCAGACAACAAUACCACCUUCAACGAUUGCAGCUCAAACUACAACUAUUGCGCCAACAACAAAAACUGUUCCACCAACAACAGCAGUUCAUACCACAUUAGGUAAUCCACCUACAACAGAACCUCCAACCACAAUGAAUCUUCCCACAACAACUGCUGAAGCUCAAACAACUACAACUGAAACUGCCACCACCAUAGCUUCACCAACAAUACCACCUACGAUUGCAGCUCAAACUACAACUACUGCUCCAACAACAAAAACUGUUCCACCAACAACAGCAGUUCAUACCACAUUAGGUACUCCAGCUACAACUGAAGGUCAAACCACAACACCUCUUCCCACACCGACAGCUGUAGCUCCAACGACUACAGCUAAACCUACCACCACCAUCGCUGCUCAGACAACAAUACCAGCUUCUACGACAGCAGCUCUAACCACAACUAUCGCUCCAACAACAAAAACUGUUCCACCAACAACAGCAGUUCAUACCACAUUAGGUAAUCCACCUACAACAGAACCUCCAACCACAAUGAAUCUUCCCACAACAACUGCUGAAGCUCAACACUACACUAAACUGCCACCACCAUAG